AUGACUAAGGGCAGGUCCUAGAAAUAGUCAUUUACAGCUCUAGUUUAUCACUAAGGUGAUUUUGAAGAGUUGAGAACUCUAGAAUAAUAUGUUGAGGAUAUCGAUGAAACUCCAUAAGGUAUAGAGGUACUUAAAGAUAAUGAAUACUAUUUUCCUGAAAUACUGUAACAAUAAGAGGAUGUUUACCUGUCUUUGAAAAUUUAGACUUAUGUUGAGAAGAAAGUUAAAUGUGCUGUUAUAAGUGGCUAUAAUGAAUUCAGCUAUUCUUUAGGAGUAGUUAUUUAUCAAAUUCUUGCUUUUGACAAUGUAAUCGAUAGUCAAGUAAAUCUCAGACAUGAUCUUCCUUUAAUUGGUAGAAAAUACGAGUUAUCCAGUGGUUUAAUGAGACUCUGUAGAGAAUUACUCUAGUUAGGGUCGGAUAUUAUAUAAACUAGUAAUUUCCAGAUGGCUAGACUUAUAAAUGAGAAGAUUCAGCAUGAUAUCGAUCAUUAAGUAGAAUAUGACGUUUAUAUUAAAUAGACUUGUAAUUACUUGGAAACAAAGGGGUCUGAACUUUUCAUAGAUUAAGAUGACGAAGCUAACUAAUUCCUAGCAAAGGGUCUUUGGAAUACCAAACUAAUGGUCAAAUAUUAUCCGCUUAAGAACACAUACAGGCUAUUUAAAACUGUUUAAAAAAUCCCUUAAGGAUCAGAAACUGUGAUGAUUAAUGAAUUCCUUGCAUUUGUCAUGGGUGGAUAUGAUUCAUUCACUCCAAAUGUGAUAAUAAAUACAGUGUAUUAAUUCGAAUUCCCCGAUGAAGAUUUUGAAAAGGAUUAUUAAAUAGAUUAUGUUUAUUAGCUAGAUUAGAGAUCUUCAAUGAUUGUGAAAAAGAUUAACUAUGCUCUUGUUUCUAACACUGAUUUUAUUUGUGUUCUUGGUGGCAAAAUUCAUGACAAGGAUGAUUAGCUUUUGAUAACAGACUUAUGUGAAAUAUACUCAAUUAAUAACGAUUCAUGGGGUAUCCUACCCUCACUUAAUGUGAAGAGGGCCAACGCUUGUGCUUGCAUUUUCAAUAACAAAUACAUCUAUAUAUUUGGAGGAGAGUCCCUCGAUUACCCAGGAUUUCAUGUUUAUGAGUCGGUUGAGAGAAUAGAUUUGACAUCAAAGCACUCUUAAUGGGUAGAGUUAGAUAUUGGAAAUAUAGUUGGCGCUUGCUGGUUUUCUCCUAAAUCCUAAGCCUUAUAAGUAAAUGAGACUUAAAUAUACAUAUUUGGAGGUAUUAAUACUCAUGCUAUGGACGGCGAAGUCGGAAAAUCUUUGCUAUUUACCGUGGACACUGAAAAUGAAUACGAAUGCGAACUUAAGGAAAAGGACAGAUAUGAGAAAGCAGGUUUAAAUAUUUCAAAUAACAUUGUUUGUGACCAAGUCUGUAAAAGUGAGUAUCAGAUAUUUGGUAUUUCAAGUAAUGCUAUUCUAGAUCUUAAUACUCAGGGCCUUAAAAAUAUAGUCCAAAUAGAUAUACAUGAUAUUUUAAAAAGCUACAAUUUUUGA